AGGCGCAAUGGCCCAGUGGUUAGUGUAGCGGACUUGCGGUCAUAGAAUCGCGGUUUCGAUUCCCAGACCGCGCGUUGUGAGUGUUUAUUAAGCGAAAACAUCUAAAGUUCUACGAGGCUCCGGCAGGGGAUGGUGGCGAACCGUGCUGUACUCGUUCACCACAACUUUCUCUCUCUUACUUCCUGUUAUUGUUGUGCCUGUAAUUCAAAGGGUCAGCCUUGUCACGCUGAAUAUCCCCGAGAACUACGUUAAGGGUACACGUGUCUGUGGAGUGCUCAGCCACACACACGUUAAUUUCACGAGCAGGCUGUUCCGUUGAUCGGAUCAACUGGAACCCUCGACGGAGUGCCAACAACAUUAUAUCCGAAGUGUGGAAUCAAAACUUGUUAGGGAGAGCAAACCAGGUUGAUUUAUUUUUUAAUCAUAUCAAAACAAUUACAGGGACGGGCGUCAACUAUAAUAGGUGGUCCACAUAAGUUGGGAUGGCGAUCUUUUGUUUUUCCUGUUUCGUUUUUCUAUACUGCUGCCGGGGUCGAUAAAUUAAAGUACCAGUUGCUUACGAGGGUCGACCUAAUCCGAGAUUUUUAUCUUUGGUAAAAAGCUUAGACAGGUGAAAAAAAUACCCAUUUCCCCGAAAGUGAAACCCAAAAUAAAGUCAAAGAAAAAAAAAACUGUAGUUAGUGAACCAAGAGUUGUCGAACUUGUUUCUAUUGCAAUUGUUAACCGCCAGAUGGGACGUCGCUCAGUCUUUCGCUUUUAUGUGGCGCCAGUCGAACCAGCAAGAGAAUUCAUUCAUUCCAUUUCCCAAGAAAAGAAUAACUGAAACAUGUCUUUGACAAUUCCGGAGCGUGUUGAACUUAUUUUUCUGUCUGGUCGUGAUGGUGCAACGAAUAGAACCGUUGCUGACACCUUCAACCAAAGGCAUCCUGGAAAAGCCGUAUCGCAUACGACAGUCGGUCGAUUGGUCCAAAAAUUUCGUGCAACAGGCAGUGUGCACGACAAAUUUCGAAGUGGUCGCCCUGUGAUAUCAAACGAGACACGUGUAUCUGUCAUAAACGAGCUUCAAAAGAGUCCUAAGAAAUCUGUGCGAAGACUGUCGCAAGAAAUUGGCGUUCCUCGUACAACAAUGCGACGCAUUAUAAAAGCUGCAGAAGCCUGCAAACUGGCCACGUCUCACUUGAAAUCCCAUCAAUUUCCACCAAUCUCUCUUCCUUAUGAUGUCGAACAUCUUGAAGGAUGCAUGCGUGCAGCAGAUCCUGAGGAUCGAAUCACAAAAGCAGAAGUUCCAGCUGCUGAUGCACCACCUGAAUGAGCAGUGAUGGGACGUGUGUGUGUGUGUGUGGACAAGACCAGACAGAAGCUGGACAGUCACACCGAGUUAUGCAUCGCCAGUUGUACGGAAUGUUUCCUUGAUAUGGCUGAUUUUGUGUUCAACCAGUUGGAAAGUGUCCAGGAGAUAGCCCAGCCAAAGAUGAACUGAUGUGAUGAUGAGGAUGAUUGUAGUGAAUAUUGGUGCUGCUAAAAACAACUGCAAUAAUAAUGAAGAAGAAUGUGAUGAAAAGUCUUCAUCUAUUGUUCUGUUCAUAUAGAGACAGAAAGCUGUAGAUUUGUACAGAGAGGUGGUAUGUAACUUACAUUUACCAAAUAUGUUCUCCCAUUAUUUCUGCUCCUUCAGUUCUGCAUCCAGCAGAGAGUUCAUUCUGCAUAAACUAUUCCUACUUUGUCACGUUUAUAAUUUUGACUGCUAUUACUAGUAAAAUGGGCAGUGAAAUUUAUUAUUCUUUUCGGCACAUGUCAUGUAAAUGUUAUCUUAAAGGUAUCAUUUGUACAUAUACAUGCAUACACACUCACACAUAUUAUUCUUAAACAAGAAUGUUGUUAGUGACUUCGAAGUUUUGGCCAGCUAAGUCUUCAUCACACUGCUAUUAUAUCUUGCAUAGAUGUUAUCUUUAAGUCUGGUGAUGGGUUAGCUGACUGAACCUUCGCAGUCACUGUCAGUGACAUUCUUGUUUAAGAAUAAUAAAUUUGUACACUUCAAAAGUAUAGGGUUAUCCACCAUCAGGUUAAUGUAAAAUUUUUUUAUUAUAACUGAACAUAAAAAUAAACUUUAAUAUAUAUAUAUAUAUGAUAGGAUUGCUUCAAUGUUUCAGGGGUAGUCUGAAGUAUCUAAGCAACCAGGGGGUAGUUAAAUCCGAAGGCACUCCUAGAGAUUACUUGUGUGGGUACCGUCUUCGUUAGAAGGUAUCCAGAGGCAGGUAAUUUAUUAUUUAAACCGCAGUUUGUAAUUAUAAUUAAGUGGAGAAUGGAGAAACAAACACAAGAAGAAGCAAGUCAAUUGGGCUAGUUAGACAUUGAUUUAAUU